GAAAAACAAAAACAAAGGAGUGAAAAAGCGUCAACAACGUAGUCGCAGAAGAAAAGUGCUGCUGGCUGGCAAAAUCACAGAAAAAAGAGAAAAUCCGAUCCUUCCGCCAACUAUGGAAAACGACGAAUCUGCCGCCGAUGAUGCGGUCGAGGCGGCACCAUCCGCAGUACCCGCCGCUGCUCCGGAACGGGACGCUGGCCACUUCGAGCGCCUCGGAAGACUAGGCCAGGUUCAAGCCUCGAUUGAGGAAGAGGACCAGGAUUCGCCAGCUUCUCCGGACGCGGCCGUUCAGGAUGGAGCUGGGAUGGAGGAGGACGGUGAUGACGACGACGACGAUACGGAUACGCGGUCGACCAACUCGUCCGAGAAUGGGCUGGAUGAUUCCGACGCGGAUCGACUGUUUGACGAUUAUAUUACGGCCAGGGAGCAGCAGCAGGCCGCGGCGGAGAUAUACAACACGGAACUGCCGACGGAACAUGCCUACCUUGGCAAGCUGGAACGGGUUGAGGGCGUGGAUUACAUGGAACCGGGUAAAAUCUAUCGACUUCCAGUGUGCAGCCACAACUCCAUUGUAUUCCCGGGUGAGGUCGUUCCAAUGAUCAUAAACGCGGCGACGCUCAAUUGUACCGAUCCGUCGGACGGGGUCAAGUUUGGGCUGGUCUUCCGGAACGUAAUCUCGGAAAAGUACGUCUACGGUGUGACCUGCCAAGUUUUUGAGCGCGGUGAGUUGAACGCCUCCAGCGGGUCGAUCGUGCUGAAGACCAUAGCUCAGCAAAGGUUUCGCACGGUACGACAUCUCGCCGGAAGACGAGCCGAUGUGCUAAUCCUGCCGGAAAUUAUUCUUCCCGACCCGUUGAUUAGCAGCUGUUCGAAUCUGAUGAUGCGCCACGCGGUCAGCAACAGCGCAGAGUCCGCGCAACGGUUCAAGUCCUUCCUCUCGCGAACGGUUCCGUGGCCAAAGUUUGUCUACGAUCUGUACGGAACGGACGAGGUGCUUACGAAGGUAGAUCGAUACCUGGCUUUACUCAAGAUCGAGAACGUGCCGAGCGAUCCGGUGAAGCUGAGCUUCUGGCUGGCCCGGAACAUCCCCAUCGACGAGAACGACCGGAAGAAGAUCUACGAAGCGGACGCCGUCAUCAGCCGGAUGAUGAUCAUCAACAAAUCGCUCGAUCAAAUGUGCUACUUUAUGUGCAAGCGCUGUUCGAACGAAAUCGGAAGCUACAAUGACCUCUUCGCCAUGUCGAAGCAGGGCGUCCAGACGAGUUACUGCAAUCCGUCCGGGUUCGUGCACGAAACGCUUACGAUUUACAAAACGCGCGAAAAUUCGACCUUCACGACGGAGCGACCGUCGACGGAGUUUAGCUGGUUCCCGGGCUACUCGUGGCAGAUUACGCUGUGCUCCAACUGCCGCAACCACCUGGGCUGGAAGUUUGUGGCCACGAAAAAGAACUACCUUCCCAAGAGCUUCUACGGCCUCUCCGGCAACAGCAUCCAGGUCAAGUCGGUCAACCGAGUUGGCGAGGAGGACGCGACAGAGGAGGAGGACGGACAACAACAGCCACGACACUACGCCGGCGAUUCAGACGACCCGGACCCGGAGCAGCAGCGGCAGCGACUUCCGCUGGAGCUGUUCCGGCCGUGGUACAACGACGUCAUGGACGACGACGACGACACGGAGUCGGACGACGGCGGGAAUGAGAUGGUGGUCGUGCAGGAGGAUGAGGAACAGGGUGGGGGUGGAGGUGAUGAGGAGGAGGAGGAGGAGGAAAUCUUCCAAGAUGCUCGCGAAUAGUUUAUAUUUGUCUUAGUUGAGUUUUGUUUGAGACGUGUUUUUUUUUUCUUCGGUGAGAUUCAUGUUGCAAUCCCGCGCGCUUUAUACAUAAUAUUAUAUUCGUACUCGGUUUGGUUUUGUCCUGCAAAGAUUGGUUCAAUAAACCUGUACGCAUCAAG